GAGUGACAUCACGCGGCGCAGCGAGGGGCUUCGCCCUGUUCCAACUCCAGUUACAAAAACAGACAUUUUAGCUGUCAUAAAGGAGACACGCUGGCCUGCACCGACUUUCCCGGACUGUGUAGCCCACUCCAUUGCCCCGUCUAACCCGGGAUGGCGUGUACGUGCGUGUCAGUGUGUGUACGAAGAUGAAGCCUCAAUUCCGGAUUAGCACACCUCCGGUUGCCACGACUUUAAAUCUAUAACUUCGUUAAAAAAGUGGAGUGUAUGUUACUCAGCGGGGUUCAUUUCCUUGGUGCGCGCGAGCAGGACCUGGAUGGCAUAAUGCUCCCGAGCCCUCUCACCUCGACGCCGUUCUCAGUCAAGGAUAUUCUGAAGCUCGAGCAGGAACAGCAGCAGCAACAACAAUCUCAGCAGCUCCAGUCGCGCCACUUGGACCACCAGCACCUCCCGUCCCACGCGCAGCACUUGCACCAGCAGUCGCCCCACCAACAGCACUACCAGCUUCCGCCGUCCUGCAUGCUCGCCGGUGCCGGGGAGAGCCCCGCGUUCUCAGACGGGGAAGAUAACCUGGCUUACCUCAGCUCGCUGGCAGUCCGGGACGGGCACGGAGAGGCUAGCCUGUCCCCAGAGAUGUACGUCCACUCCGGUCUAGGGCACCUGAGCGACCCGAAGCUUGAGGUGGAGCUGGAGGAGCAGGGCACAAAGAGCUGCGGCGUGUCUUCCAAGCCUCUGGAGGGUGGGGAGGACGGCGGGCAGGGAGACUCGGAAAGGCCGACCAAACAGAGGACCAGGCGGAAACCUCGAGUUCUCUUUUCCCAGGCUCAGGUCUUCGAGCUGGAACGGCGCUUCAAGCAGCAGCGCUACCUGUCCGCCCCGGAGCGGGAGCACCUGGCAAGCACUCUCAAACUCACCUCCACGCAGGUCAAAAUCUGGUUUCAGAACCGACGGUACAAAUGCAAAAGGCAGCGACAGGACAAGUCACUCGAGCUGGCGGGCCACCACCACCCUCCCCCACCGAGGCGAGUCGCCGUACCCGUCCUGGUCAGGGACGGGAAGCCCUGUCUUGGUGGUCCACAGAACUACAACGCGGCCUACGGAUCGAAUCCCUAUAGUUAUAACGGAUAUCCGGGUUAUACAUACAACAACCCAGCUUACAACAGCAACUACAGCUGCACGUACACAAGCAUCCCUGCUCUACCGCCCACCACCACGGCCAACGCCUUCAUGAACAUGAACUUGGGCAAUAUUGGCGGCCUGAGCGCUUCGCCUCAGCCACAAACGCACCAAGGAGCUACGGUGACGCCGUGUCAAGGGACAUUGCAGGGGAUCCGAGCCUGGUAAAGGCCCCCUCGUGACCGGAAUCUAAGUUUUAUCGAGCUUUCAGCUUUCAAAUGGAUCCAUUUUAUUCCUUAAAGAAAAAGUGUGUUAUUUUUGUUGCAGUAUCUCGGAAACAGUGUUGAUUGUAUGUAGUUAGGCCUGACUGAUGAUCUGGUUAUAUUCUGAUAUGUCAGCUUCUCUCUCGUUCACCGGUAAACGCCAAUUGAAAUGUCACCAUACAUUACAGUUUGGUUGGAUUUUGGGACAAUUCACGAUGACCAACAGCGUCGCCACUUAUGGUGCUGUAAUGGAAUUCUGUAAUGGAAGAAUCAAGUUUUCCAGGCAAGUUUGGAUGACGUCAAACUUUGAACUUGAUGACUGUGAACCACUGAGGCCGAUACAAAUCAUGGUUGCUCACGUGCGCACUGGGACGCCUAAUAUUGCCCUCAGUUCUACGCAUAGGUGCUUUAAAAAAAUCUAAACUAUUUUAAUUAUUUGAUAAUUCGAUCAAAUAUUUUUGCUAGCAUUUCCCAAUAUGAAACAAGAAAUCUCAACGACAGACAUAUACAGAAUUUCCUGCUCGCAUUUGGAAUGUGAUUUGUAGUGUAUUUUACUCUGAACUGCACGAGUACCUGUUUAUCCGGAAGUGACAGUUUUAUAUGGAAUCAGACACAGCCUCGACGCCUAAACAUGAAUAAAAUUCUGUUGAAAAACUAAGAAUUUACUUUCUAAAAUCGAAAGAAUCCCAUACUAUCAUAUCAUAAAGCUAUUUGGCAAGUGAACCUUCAAUGGUCCAUUUUCUUGGGAAUGAACGGCUGUUCUUUUAACGCGCGUGCUGCGCUGGUGCUU